AGAAAGAAGAAGAAAGAAGAAGAAGAAGAAGAAGAAGAAGAAGGAAAAAAAAAGAAAAACAUGCACACAAAAACGAAAGCUGUUGUUCUAUCCAGAGAAGAGUUUUGUUUUGUUAGAACUGCUUUUUAAAUUCACUGAUUCCUCUCGGGUCAGUGAAUUCUCAUCUGUGCCACCAGUUAAACCUGCUCCCCUGGAGAGUCGCUGACGCUGCAGAAAGGCGGCCGCCAUGAGCUCCACCGUGUCUAUACACACACAGCUUGCCGCCGUCAUGGAAGCUCUGGUCCAUGCUGCGGUCGCGGAACUGGAAAGGCUGGAGGAGGACAGGGAGCUUUCCAAGGCCCGAGGAACCACAGAGGAGAGGCAUGAGACGGGAAGAGUGCAGAAGGAGACCCGAGAGAAGUUGGCGCGGUUUGCUUCCAUCAUGGAAACUCUGGGAAACGAGGCUCUGGGGCGGAUCCUAAACAUCAUGGAUGAAGCCAGGCUUGUGGCUCAGGUGGGGCAUGUCUGUAAGGAGCCACAGACCAGCGUCCUCAACGUCCUUAGCCACACAUCCGUGGCAGAGCUUGAGCACUCAUAUGGAGUCAGAAACCAAAACUGUAAGGCAGAAAGAGAAGCUCAGCUGAAAGCAGGUGGUGAUGCUGUGGAGACACAGUUUGUUCCAGCGGUCAGCGUUAAAGAUGGACAUGGGAACAUUGACCUGGAAGCCAUUAGAGAGAGAGCUGCUCCAUCUCCACCAUCAGACCCACAGGCGCUACCUUCAGAGUUUUCUGUUCUGUCUGAGACUUCCCAGCAGAAUGUCUCCCAAAAGUUGUUCUCAUGCUCUGUCUGCGGGAAGUUCUUCUCAUCUCAAAGCAACCUGAAGUCUCACCAACUCAUCCACACAGGGGAGAAGCCGUUUGCCUGCAGCAUCUGCAGCCGAGCCUUCCGCCAGCGCCAAAGCAUGCAGAGCCACAUGCGAACACACACUGGCGAGCGCCCGUUCCAGUGUCCUGUAUGUGGAAAACGGUUUUCAAAGCAGGCACAGCUCAAGACACACACUGUCAUACACACUGGAGAAAAGCCGUACGGCUGUGAUGUGUGUGGCCGUUGCUUUAACCUGCCACAGAAUCUACACCGCCACAGUGUCACCCACAGUAGGGAGAAGGUCUUUAUCUGCAGUGACUGUGGUAAGGGCUUCACCCGCGCUGUUACACUCAAAACACACCAGCUCAUCCACAGCGGCCAGAAGCCCUUCAAAUGUGAGCAGUGCCCCAAAUUGUUCAGGCAUGCUGUCAACCUCAAGAACCACCAGAGGAUCCACAGCGACCUGAGGCCCUACAGGUGCGACCUCUGCGGAAAGACGUUUCGACAGGCGGUGAAUCUUAAGAUCCAUGGCCGCAUCCACACUGGCGAGCGGCCGUUCAGUUGCCAGCAGUGCGGAAAAAUGUUCAGCCAGCAGAGCAGCCUGAUCUCCCACAGCCGCACUCACUCCACAGACAGGCCCUUCCAGUGCCCAACCUGUGAUAAAAAAUUCAACAAUGCCAACAGCCUCAAGCUUCACCUGCGCGUUCACACUGGAGAGAAGCCGUAUGCCUGCGAAAUAUGCGGCAAAACCUUCAGCCAGGGAAGCCACCUGAGGACACAUAAGAGGCAUGUACAUGCUGGCGGCAAGCAGUUCAUCUGCGACAAGUGUGGGAAGAGGUACGCCGACCAGCGCUACUUGAAGUUGCAUAAGUGUUGCUAUGCAUGAACUGCCAGGAGUCAGCUGUCUCAGAAAACAACAGAGCACUACUUCUUCACUUUCCACAGUAAAGCACAUCGGUUGCCAAGGAAACUGCUAUGUCCUCAGCUGCAACAUCCUUCUGUACAGAGGUUCUGGUUGGUCUGAGCCCUCAGUUUUAUUUAAGACCUUUUGUGAACAAGUUUUAUAAUUUUCUACAAUAUAUUUUUCAAUAUGAAUGAUGAAUAAAAUCUAUAUUAGCUCAUAUGUCUAGAUGAUGCUGUUUAAAAAUAAAGUAAAACAUUCACUCUA